AUGGGAGGAAUUGCUGCAUUGUUUUGUUGCUCGGUCGACUCGAAAGAUGAUAGAAACGAUAGAUACGCUCAACAGCAACUGAUUUCCAAACAAACAACAAACCGUCUGAAAACAAACUUGAGCGCAACGGAAAGUAACAAGAGUAACCCAAGAACAAGAGCACACCAAAAGAGCUCUGCUCCAGUACAGUCCACCAACUCAAAACCAAAGGCUGCAGCCAAGGGUGCCGCCACUCCCUCCGAGUCUGGCAAGAAUUCUAGUACGGCAUCUAAGACUGCGCUGAAGGAUAAGAAGGAGAUGUUGGACGAUGAAAACUCCGUUAAUGAGACCGAUACUAUAACUAACACCAACGAAGAUCCUUCAUCGACCGAACCAUCACAACAACAUAACUCCGACGGGGCUUCCAAUGCAACUUCGAACGGUGGUGGAGGAGCUACUUCUGCAGACAUUCUCACUCAAGUCGACGAGCAUGGAAACUCCACCGCAUCUGCCCCUACAAGAGGAGGAGAAGAAGACAGGUUUGAUGAAGACGACGAUUCUGUCAUAGAAUUGACCAAAUUGCAAGAGGGACAAUCAUUCAACCCAGAAUCAGGUGCCCUUUUGGGAUUUAAAGACACCAAGAGAUUUGGUAGGAAGAAGUGCCUUAUCUUAGAUCUUGACGAAACUUUGGUUCACUCAUCGUUUAAGUAUUUAAGAGUUGCAGAUUUUGUAAUUCCUGUUCAAAUCGAUAACCAGGUACAUCAUGUCUAUGUGAUAAAAAGACCAGGUGUUGACGAAUUCUUGGAGAAAGUUGGAAAAUGGUUUGAAGUGGUAGUUUUCACUGCGUCAGUACUGAAGUAUGGAGAUCCAUUAUUAGACAAAUUGGACAUCCAUCAUUCUGUCCACCAUAGGCUAUUUAGAGAUUCGUGUUACAAUUACCAGGGUAACUUCAUUAAGAACUUAUCACAAAUUGGAAGACCCUUGGCAGAUUCCAUAAUCAUCGACAAUUCUCCAGCCUCAUAUAUAUUCCACCCACAGCAUUCAAUUCCAAUUUCAAGUUGGUUCAGUGAUACUCACGAUAACGAAUUAUUAGAUUUGUUACCAUUUUUAGAAGAUAUACUGAAGAACAAUGUUGAUGAUGUUGGCUUGGUGUUGGACAUAUCCUUGUAG